UUAUCAAUUUUAAACGUCUCACGGGCACUGAGGGAAGUGUCAAACGUUCUUGGAGUGCGAGAAAAAUUUACAUCUGAAACAAAAAUCAUGGCUAUGCACAUUGGAAAAGUCCCUGGGUUCCAGAGUUAUCUCAAGGAAGGCGCCAAACAUUAUCAAGGCUUGGAUGAAGCUGUUUAUCGUAAUAUUUCGGCGUGCAAGGAGUUUGCCAAUAGUUUACGUUCGGCAUUCGGUCCCAAUGGCUUGAACAAGAUGAUCAUCAAUCACAUCGAGAAGCAAUUUGUGACUUCGGAUGCAGGCACCGUCAUGCGUGAGAUCGAUGUUGAACAUCCCGCUGUCAAAUUGAUGGUUUUGGCCUCACAAAUGCAAGAAGCUGAGGUCGGCGACGGCACAAAUUGGGUCGUUAUCUUUUGCGGUGCCUUGUUGGAAGCAGCUGAGGACUUGUUGCGUUUGGGCGUUGCUGUUACCGACAUUUGCGAAGGAUAUGAACGUGCAUUGGACAAAGCACUCGAAUUAUUGCCUUCUUUGGUGUGUUACGAGGUCAAAGACUUCCGUGAUAUUGAAAAAGUGAAGGAAGGAUUACGUACCGCUGUGAUGUCGAAGCAAUUGGGACACGAAGACUUCCUCGCAGAACUCAUCGGGAAGGCAUGUGUCUCAAUUUUGCCCGAAGAUACGACUUUUAACGUCGAUAAUAUUCGUGUUUGCAAAAUUUUGGGCUCCGGAUUGCAACGAUCUCAAGUUGUCAAUGGCAUGGUUUUUAAACGCGAGACCGAAGGCGAUAUUACACAAGUAAAACAAGCGAAAAUUGCUUUGUAUUCGUGUGCUGUUGACAUAAUUCAAACCGAAACCAAGGGAACUGUCUUGAUUAAAACCGCCGAAGAGCUUAAAAACUUCUCGCGUGGCGAGGAAAAACUCUUGGAGGAUCAAAUCAAGGCCAUUGCUGACACAGGAGCGAAAGUUAUUGUCGCAGGAGCAAAAUUCGGAGACAUGGCUUUGCAUUUCAUGAACAAAUACGGCUUAAUGGCAGUUCGAUUGAACUCGAAAUUCGAUUUGCGUCGUCUCAGUAAAGCCGUUAAUGGUACCGUACUUCCUCGUCUCACGCCUCCAACCACGGAAGAGCUCGGAUAUUGCGAUAAUGUCUUUGUCGAUGAACUCGGAGACACAACAGUGACAAUUUUCCGCUCGGAAGGCAACGAUAGUCGUAUUGCAACUGUCGUCAUUCGCGGUUCAACCGACAAUUACAUGGAUGAUAUCGAACGUGCGAUUGAUGAUGGAGUCAAUACCUUCAAAGGCUUAACGCGCGAUGGGCGAUUCUUGCCCGGUGCAGGCGCUACUGAAAUUGAUCUUUCGCAAAAACUCGCCGAAUAUGCAGAUACGUUGCCCGGCUUGGAACAAUACGCUGUUCGGGGAUUUGCAACUGCUUUGGAAGUUUUUCCGAAAGCUUUGGCCGAAAAUACGGGCGUUAAUGCCACGGAACUUGUGAGUAAGAUGCACUUGGCUCACAAGGCAAAUGGAAAAAAUGAAGGUUUUGAUCUUGAUGCGGAGCAACCAGCAACUGUUGAUGUAACAAAGACAAAAGUUUUUGACUUGUUUGCAACGAAAUGGUGGGCAUUGAAGUACGCCGCAACAACUGCUUGCACAAUCCUGAAGGUAGAUCAAAUUAUCAUGGCGAAACGUGCAGGCGGACCCAAACCGAGAGCGCCUCAAGGAAGCGAUGACGAGUCAUAAAGAGUUUUUUUUAUAAGCUAAUAUACGUCACGUACUCACACUUCAUUAAAAUCAUUUUAAUUAGUUUUCACACAAUUAAUCAAGUAUUCUCACGCUUUUGGGCGGGUAAAA